UUAAUUUGUUACUACUAAACAACAUGGUUACGAAGCUUCUUCUUGUUUUGUUUCUGAGUGGCCUAGUUUUCUGCGCCACCAAUGCGGGCAUGCUUGCCGAUGAAUCCGAGGCUUCUUACAAUGAUGAGAAGUUCCUUGGUGGUGGCUCGGGUGGCGGGUUUGGCGGAGGUGGAGGCUCGGGUGGAGGAUUUGGUGGAGGUUCGGGAGGAGGAGGAGGCCUUGGCGGAGGUGGAGGCUCGGGUGGAGGAUUUGGUGGAGGUUCGGGAGGAGGAGGCGGUCUUGGCGGAGGUGGAGGCUCGGGUGGAGGGUUUGGCGGAGGUUCGGGUGGAGGAGGCGGUUUUGGAGGGGGUGGAGGCUCGGGUGGCGGGUUUGGUGGAGGAGGAGGCUCGGGUGGAGGGUUUGGUGGAGGUUCGGGUGGAGGAGGUGGCCUUGGCGGUGGUGGUGGUUCUGGCGGCGGUUUUGGUGGAGGUUCAGGCGGAGGAGGUGGAUUUCCAUGAAAAGCUACGUCGACCAGCAUUCCACUUAAUUACUAAAUCAUCUACUACUGUCCAAUAAAUAUAAAAGUUUGGUGUGGAAAUAUUGUCAUGCUUUUGUACGUAGUUGCAUGCCCAUGAGGAAGUGCUAUAAGAAAUAGGCAAUGUUUUACAAAUCAAA